CACAGCCAAGAUGGCGGCGGAGGUGGAGUACGAGUCUGUGCUGUGUGUGAAGCCCGACGUCAGCGUCUACCGGAUUCCGCCCCGGGCUUCCAAUCGCGGUUACAGGGCAUCUGAUUGGAAAUUAGACCAACCUGAUUGGACUGGUCGCCUCCGAAUCACUUCAAAAGGGAAGAUUGCUUAUAUCAAACUCGAGGAUAAAGUUUCAGGGGAACUCUUUGCUCAGGCACCAAUAGAACAGUAUCCUGGUAUUGCUGUGGAGACAGUGACAGAUUCCAGCCGCUACUUUGUAAUCCGGAUCCAGGAUGGUACUGGGCGUAGUGCUUUCAUUGGCGUCGGCUUCACAGAUAGGGGUGAUGCCUUCGACUUUAAUGUCUCCUUGCAAGAUCACUUCAAGUGGGUAAAGCAGGAAUCUGAGAUUUCCAAAGAAUCUCAGGAAAUGGACACACGUCCCAAGUUGGAUCUGGGCUUCAAGGAAGGACAGACUAUCAAGUUGAGUAUUGGGAACAUUACAACCAAGAAAGGAGGCACUUCUAAGCCCAAGACUGCAGGGACUGGAGGCCUAAGCUUACUCCCACCCCCUCCUGGAGGCAAAGUCACUAUUCCUCCACCAUCCUCCUCAGUUGCCAUCAGCAAUCAUGUUACUCCACCACCCAUUCCAAAAUCUAACCAUGGAGGUAGUGAUGCAGAUAUCCUUUUAGAUUUGGAUUCUCCUGCUCCCAACCCCACACCAGCAUCAGCUCCAGUUUCUGCAAGCAAUGACUUGUGGGGAGACUUUAGCACUGCAUCCAGCUCUGUUUCAAACCAGGCACCACAACCAUCCAACUGGGUCCAGUUCUGAAUACCAUUAACAGGACAUUAAGGACAGACUUGAAGAAUAAGAUGACCUGAGGGCACCAAUCUGUGAGGGAAGUUAGGAAUCCCUUCUCUCCCCAGAACCAGAAUUACUGGACAAUCUUUUUCAUAGCUUCUCAUUGCGCUCAAGCUGAUUUAUGUCACUCCCCUGUGUUGUUCCUUAUUGUGCAGUCAAGAAAGUAUCUCUUAUCUCCUCUUCACAGACAGGGGAAUAGUAGGUCUUAUCAUACUUGUGGCUGACUAUGCAGGGCUCCAUAGGCCCUGGUCUCUGUGAGGGGGAAAUGACCUCUAACAUAUGCAGAAUUUAUCUCCAUCUUUUAAAUUCUUUAAAUAUUUCAGAAUCAUCUCAUGACCCUUGUGUCCCUCUUUGUGAAGCCCUAUUUAGCAAUUUCAGGGGAGACAAAAGCCUUGAAACUUUCUUUUCCAUUCACCCAAGACAGAAAAUAGACAGACUGACCUCAGUGUUUACCAACACAGAAUUUUAAUAGGGAUAGGAGUGAAGAAGAACCUGUGUCUUGGUUCUCUGCUAUAUAUCCUCCUUCAAGUUCAUCCUAUUGAGUGAACAUCCAGUGCAGGAUGCAGUUCCAUCACCCUCGCAUGUGUUUACGCGUCUCUUCCUGUGAUAAGAGGGUUGUGUUGAUGGCAUCUCCACUAUUCUUUUGUUGCAUAGUACAACAUCUUUGAUUAGUGGGUGUCUCUUGGAUAAAGGAGGUUCAAGGAGCUGUGUUUUCCAAGUUAUAUUCUAGAGAAGUGUUUACAGUAAGUUCUCACUUAACAUCUUUGAUAGGUUCUGCAACUUUAAGCCAAACCACUUACAAUAAAACCAGUUUUACCGUAGGCUAAUUGAUAAUAAACACAAAUUAAGUUCCUACAGUAUCUUAUCAACAGCAUAACAAAACGAAGUUAUUAAAGGACCUGUACUUCUUGCAGCUUCAUCUAGAUUGCUGUAUUUUUACCUGAAGUUGAGGGGUUAGAAUUUUUAACCUGAUUUGUAGAGCAGAGAGGUUGAAAGUACUAAACGCUUGUUCAGUGCCCUCAUGCCUUGCUACCUGUGUAUCUGGCCCCUUUCCAUAAACGUUUUUCAAUCCAUCUAGCUCUUCAAUAGAAAAGCUGCAAUUGCAUGUAUCAUUUAUGAAGGAAGCUGGAGAGUCACCGCUUUAGCUAUCAUAGGUUUUCCCCAAAUGACGGCUUUGAUACCCACACCCAGGGUAUCUCCAAGGCUCUCCCACCACUUUCCCUCUGCCCCACCAUUCCUUUUACAAUGCUGUGAAGAGAGUUCCCUUUCCUAGAUAACUGGCCACUUUCUAUUUUGUUUGUUAAGGGACAGUUUUGAGGAUGAAAUGAAAAGAUAACAUUUCUUCCCUUAGUAUCUAUUUGGAUGUAUGUAUUGUGGCUGAAGGGAGCCCUUAUGUUUAUUUUCAAAGUAUAUUCUCUCUCCUGGAUUUUCUUCUUGACUCCUUUUAACUUCGGGUCCAUUUCUUUUCAUUGCCUCCCCUUCCAGGCAGCUCUAUUCUUACAGAGCCAUGGCAGGGCAUUUUAAAAUUCCAUAGAAAACACUAAAAGGAAAGUCAAUAGAAUCACUAGUGACUAACUAUUGGGAACCUAUUUUCUCAAUUUUCCUCCACGUUGUGUUCUUUGUAUUCUCAAGAUGAUAAUAUAUUAUGUAUUUGAAUUGCUGAAAAGUUGAUAAUGAAGUUUAAGAUAAAUGUAUAUAAAGCAUAUGCUGUACUGGUGCAAUAAUGGUAAUUAAAA